GUCAACACACGUCUCUCACUCUGUUCACUAAUUAAUUGAGAUACAAAUAAAAAAUAAAUAAAUAAAAUUAAUUUCUUCAGUAGCCUUGGAGAAGGAUUAGCAGACAGUUAUUAUGGUUGUGAUUAUCUGCUCUCUAAAAUAGUAUUUCAGCAAUUAAGGUGAUUAGACAAAUCGAGAACAAUGAGAAUAAAUAAUGAUUACACAACGUUUUGGGGUAAAUCACUCGUCUUGGAAGCUUUAUCAUACUGUUGGAGAAAUACAUCACAUCAAGCAGAGUGACAGAAAGCCAUUCUGUAGCAGGCAUAAUGUAGCAGAGAAGAGAAUGGCAAUGACUUCAGGUCACAGGGAGGUCAUGAGGGGGUCGAGAUAAUUUAUCAUCCUACGGAUGGUCAUCUUUCAUCUCAAGGCUCCAGGUAAAGUUGACUUCUGCUCUGAGGUCACACUGCCAUCAUAACAAGCUUUUAAUAAACUGAGCGUGAAGGUUCAUUUUUAACAAAAACAUCUUAACAAAAACAAUUAUAGCUCAAGGUAGCUUUACUGGCUUUCUCCCGGGCAUUAAACCGCAUCUCACUGUCGUAAUCAGCAAAUUAAGUUUGCUCAGUGACAUAUGACAUGUGGGUCACAUGAUAACAGGUGGUCGUAUAUAGUGGGAGAAUGUAACCUUCUGUCUCCUCCACUUCCCCUCGGCACUUGGUACUACAGGCAAGCUUUGGGGGAAAGGUCUAAGAGGAGCGGAUGUUUGAAAAUGGAGCAUCCUUUGCCUAAUCUCUACAUAAACUACUCAAUGAAUCGUGAAGCAGCCACGUAGGAAAUUAAACAGGGAGGAACUGCACAUGUACUACAUGUGGUACUGUCUUUACCACAUACUGUAACAGCAGAGAUCUGGAGUUGUUGAAUGGUUUGUGGAAAGUACUGAACCUUGUGACAUGAAGUGACGGGACGAUGCUCGUGGUCCAUGGUUAUUUAGCAACAUCUUUCCUGGUCUUGUGCCUGGGUGGGAUUCUCACUGCAUUUCCUACCCACUGUAGUCCACUUUUACAUUAGUAAAUGGAGUUAAAGGAAUACUCACCACUUUCAUGUUCGUGUCAUAAGUAUUAAGCUAGAGUCAGGAGGUUACUAGCUUGUUUUAUCAAUUUAACUGAUUACAGGAGCUCUAUGGAAGUUUUAAAAAAUGCCGACCAUACUUUUUAAAGGAACUAAAAGCUUCCUUCAGCCCAUUGUUGUCUGCAUUCGCCUAACUUUACUUUUAAUGUUAUCAAACAAAGAAAGAUGUUCUUCCCUCAUCUUAACAUGGUCCUAAAUCGAUACUAGAGUACUGUUUUAUUAAUUAAGUGGUACACGACUUGAAGCAUCGGCCUUAAUUUGGACUCUGGUCCCUGAGGGCGAGAUGCAAUGAGUUCCACAAAAGGUUCCUAGUCCCUGAGGAAGGUUCCUGCGUUUGAAAAAAGAGGCUCAUCAUGAUUUUCCCAAAUGAUGUGCAGAUUUUUAGGGCAUUCUAUCAUUUCAAAAUGUUUUUUAAAUCGUGCAUAUAGCUGCUGUGAAUGGGAAUCCAUCUCUCCAAGGUUGGGGCAUGAAGUUUGGUGUGAGCCCUGAAUUCUUACAACGUCCGUCUCUGGCCACUGGACGUGAAUUGCACACAGUUUGCAUUCAAGACGCAGUUUUACGUUCACACAGUACUUGUGUGAUGACAGAAUACUCUCUCAAGUACAGCCAAGAGGUUUGACUGCAUUCCCAACAAAGCAGUUUAACCAAUGUGAGCCAUAUUUUUCUCACAAGCCAAUCAGAGCAGAUUGGGCUUUUUGGGAGGGGGGCUUAAAGAGACAGGGGCUGAAACGGAGCAUUUCAGCCAGCUGGUGUAUACAGGUAUAUUCAGAUAGACAGUAUGAGAAAAAUAUAUAUAUAUUUUUAACAUAAAAGCAUGCAAACAUGUUCUAGCAGAAAACCGAAAGACAAUAUUGAACCAGAAAAUAAGCAUUAUGUCCCCUUUAAAGUUAUGUCUGCUUAGUACAGUGGUCGCCAACCCGUCGAUCGCGAUCGGGCAUGCAACUGAAGAGACGUGUGCACAAUCGACAGACUCCACAGGCAACGCGAAAGCAACUUCACACUGAUUAAGAUCAUGUCAAAGCGGAAAGCGAGCACCGGUCGAGUAAACUGAGACUAUAACUUCACCGGUGCAGAGGUGCAGAUACUGUUGCAGAAUGUAGAUGUGUCCUUACUUACAUUAGUUGCACUGACUGAGAAUUUUGUCAGUGUUGUGUUGUAACUUCAGUUGAUAAAUACAACAGUUAAUAUUGGUAGUUCAUCCAGCCUGCUCAUUGCAAAUGUGUUUUUUCUUGUUCAUAUUGUGUGCGGUUAACAAAUAAUUUCCUUUUUAUGUUGCACUGAAAUUAAGUCAUUUAGUGUGUUCUUGGUCACAUCAAUUUGAAAGCUGGACCAAAGUGUUUGAUUUCAUUCAAUUACAAUUAGGCCAAAUAAAAAGCCUCACGUUGUAAGUACAGUCUGGACAGUCUUUUUCUCACAACGCCUCAAUAGGUAGAUCUUGCCUGUCACCAAGGCAGAGGUCAGGGAUCUUGGGCUUAAAAAGGUUGGUGACCACUGGCUUAGUAAAAACAUAAUAGUAAAUCUUACUUAUCCAGAAAUUUGUGUGAAUAGGAUUUGAGAGUGACAUUUGAGUAUUUUGGCAUACAUGAAUACAUUUACAAAGAUAAAGUCUUCAGCCGUAUGUUAACCUGUGUUUGGGUGGAGGAAUGAAGGGAGAGUCAUGAUGCUGCGGCAACUUGGGGCCAAACCCCGGCGACAAGUCUUUCGGGGAGCCGGUUACCUGUAUCACGCUCAAUCCUCCUCCUGCCUUUCCACGACGGAGGAACUUUUCUUAGACGCCGCCGAAUACGGCAACGCUCCUGAAGUGAGGCGAAUGCUCGAGGAGCUGCCGGAGCUCGAUGUCAACUGCGUGAACUACAUGGGCCAGAAUGCACUGCAGCUGGCGGUUGCCAAUGAGCAUUUAGAGGUGACUAAGCUCCUACUUAGGAAGAAGGACCUCUCUAGAAUAGGAGAUGCCUUGCUGUUAGCCAUCAGUAAAGGCUACAUCCGUAUAGUGGACGCCAUACUGAGCCACCAGGCCUUUGCAGACGGAGAGAGGCUGACCAACAGACCCAGCCAGGCGGACACACACGAUGACUUCUUUGCCUACGACGAGGAUGGCACGCGUUUCUCCCAAGACAUCACUCCAAUCAUCCUGGCCUCCCAGUGCCAUGAGUAUGAAAUCGUGCAUAUACUUCUCAUGAAGGGGGCCCACGUGGAGCGGCCCCAUGACUACUUCUGCCAGUGCAGGACCUGCAGCGAGCAGCAGAGGCGCGACUCCUUCAGCCUUUCGCAAUCCCGCAUCAACGCGUAUAAAUGUCUGGCCAGCCCGGCAUAUCUGUCCCUCUCCAAUGAAGACCCAGUGAUGGUGGCUCUGGAGCUGAGCAACGAGCUCGCAGUACUGGCCAACAUUGAGAAGGAGUUCAAGAAUGAUUACAAGAAGCUAUCCAUGCAGUGCAAAGACUUUGUGGUGGGAGUCCUGGAUUUGUGUCGAAACACAGAGGAAGUGAAUGCCAUCUUAAAUGGGGACAGUCAUGAGACCUUGGGCAGACAAAACCUUAUCAGGUUAAAACUUGCAAUAAAAUAUGAAGUUAAAAAGUUCGUGGCACAUCCAAACUGCCAACAGCAACUCCUCUCCAUCUGGUACGAAAACUUAUCGGGACUACGUCAGCAAACCACAGCAGUUAAAAACCUUCUUGUCCUCGGUGUAGGUGCUGGGUUGCCUGUUCUGUCCUUUAUAUAUUGGAUAGCCCCAUCGAGUAAGUUGGGGAAACUCAUGUGUGGACCUUUCGUGAAGUUCGUGGCCCAUGCAGCCUCCUUCAUGAUGUUUCUUUGCCUGCUGGUCCUGAACGCGGCAGAUCGUUUCGGGGGAACAUCGCUGCUGCCCAACAUGACCACCCACGACCACCCCUCACAACUGUUUCGUACGAAGACCACCUCUUUCACCUGGAUGGAGAUUCUCAUCAUAUCCUGGGUCAUAGGGAAGAUCUGGGAAGAAUGUAAAGAUAUUUGGACGCAUGACAUCCGGGAAUACAUCUCAGAACCCUGGAACCUUCUUGACUUUAGUAUUUUGGCCAUUUUUAUGACCUCUUUCAUCGCCAGAUUAAUGGCUUUCUGGCAUGCAUAUUCUGCUCAGUGUUAUGUUGACAAGCACUACACUGACCUGUUCAACAUGACCUUGCCCUUUGAGAUACAGUACUUCCAGCUGGCCCGAAUCAACUGGAUGCCCUCAGACCCGCAGCUUAUUUCUGAGGGCCUCUACGCAAUCGCAGUUGUGCUCAGUUUCUCCCGCAUUGCAUACAUCCUGCCCGCCAAUGAGAGCUUCGGGCCAUUGCAGAUCUCUCUGGGAAGAACAGUAAAAGACAUCUUUAAGUUCAUGGUGAUUUUCGUAACGGUUUUCGUGGCUUUCAUGGUGGGAAUGUUCAAUCUGUACUCGUACUACCUCGGAGCCAAGCACAACGAUGCCUUCACAACGCUUGAAGAGAGUUUUAAAACGUUGUUUUGGGCCAUCUUCGGCUUGUCGGAAGUGAAAUCAGUGGUCAUUAACAUUGACCAUAAGUUCAUUGAGAAUGUAGGCUAUGUUCUGUAUGGGGUGUACAACAUCAUCAUGGUGAUCGUCUUGCUCAAUAUGCUUAUUGCCAUGUUUAACAGCUCCUUCCAGGAAAUAGAGGAUGACUCUGAUGUUGAGUGGAAGUUUGCCAGAGCAAAGCUCUGGUUCUCGUACUUCGAGCACGGUGGGACACUGCCUGUCCCCUUCAACCUGGUACCCAGCCCCACGUCUGUCCUUUCCCUCUUGCUGGGGAUAAAGGAAUGUCUCUGGGAUGUACCUAAAGGCAAAAGCCAAGAUAAUUCAAAUGAUGAGAUGGAGCUUAACAAGCUGAGGCAACAGGAAGAUCUGAGUGUGGAAGCAUCGCUUUGUCCAACCCGUCACCAAACUAUAAUGAAUCGCCUCAUCAAAAGAUACAUCCUAAAAGCACAGAGAGAUCGAGACAAUGAUGAAAUAAAUGAAGGUGAACUGAAGGAGAUCAAACAGGACAUCUCCAGUCUCCGCUACGAGCUGCUGGAAAGGGCGAACCACGACACGGAGAUGCUGGCCAAGCUCAUCAGCCAACUGGGAGAAGUCAUGUAUGUUCGGCAGAGAGAAGAGAAGCAGAAUGAGCUGGCUAUGUCUUAAAAACGUUUAAAAAAGAUUAGAGAUGUAUUUACAUGACACGCUGCACAUUAAUGAGGCAUUUCAGUCAAAGGGACAUUAGCCACAGACAUAUUUUUGGACACAAACAACUGAUGAAAAUGGAUAUUUUUUAUUUCAAAUAAGAAAAUGGUUGAAAUCUUUGAUUUUUUUCACCCCAAGUGUAAAUGUAUCUACCUUUGAGAAGGGAACUUAUCGAAUUCUCUUUGUCCCUGUGUCUGUUCAGUUAAUCACAUAGUGGCACUAAUGGAUUUUUUAAAAAUCUUGCUACACAAAUAUGCACGAAUGACUGCUAACAUAAGUUGGGGCUGCCGGAUACCAGCUGCGUAUGUGGUUUGAUGUUGAGGCCAUCCUUUUCCAUCUGGAGUAGAAAAGCAAUUCAAAUAAAUACACAUAAAAAAGAAACAUAUGUUUGGAUGUGUCAGGUUCAUAAGUCAGACGUAACAUACAAAUAAAUGAAGGCUUAUUGAUAAUUACUGCCCUCAUGUUAUAGGCGGUACCUUAAAAAUCAAUCAACAGGACUAUGGUUUACAUUUUGUCAAACAGGACAUGAACUUUUAGAUUUUUUUAAUGUGCGUUUUAUUAGAAUAUUGAUCACUUAACCAUAAUAUAAUAAAAAUGUGUUGAUUAUCUUCA